AUGCCCAGCUUGGUGCGAAAGCUCGUUAUUUUCGCCGCUGUCGAUGGCCUGAUUCUACAGCAAAGUGAUCGCGGACAGCGGGGCUCAAUUAAUGGAAAUCUAUCAGUACAGAUCGACUACAAGACGAGGAAGAUUACCUCGUUGUCGCAAGCCCGCUCCGAAUCUAACGCGAAGUCAACAUCGCCGUGUUUAGAGGUGUAUGGGCUUGUGGGAUUGCUGAAUAUCGCCUCAUCCUCGUUUCUCGUAUCCAUAACACAGCGCAAAGAAGUCGCCCAAAUACUUGGAAAACCGAUAUAUGCAAUUACAAAUGUCGCCAUUAUACCAUUAACGUCCCAAGAUGAUGCAAAUCGCGCUAUUUUUCAGGCACAGAACACUGCAAAGCAGGGCGGAGACGAGUCUGAUCAGAAUACUAACGAUGAUACAUCCAGUAGCGAGGCUGGCAGUGAGGCCGACAGUGGUGAUGAGGGUAUAGUAACCACGCCCGCGGUGUAUCUUGAUGAUCAGCAAGAGCCACCACAUAACAGUGUUGCGCAAGAUGUGAUCGGAAACAGAGGUCGCAACAACCGGUUUACGCUCAAUUGGUUCUCGAGAAAGCGAUGGGGAGCCUCAGGAGGCUCCCCCCAUUCCAAAUCGGACCCUUCUCCAUCCGAGACUGAGAGAGCGAAAGAAGCGUCUCCGGAAAAGGUAGAGCCUCUUCGAGAAUCUGAAGAGGUCCGCACCGAAGCCGAAGCCGCGCCUGUGGUUGAGAAGGCGGCCGAGGACGUUGAGUCUCAGUCUCACCUACCUUCCAGCAAGGCUAUAGAACUCAUGCCUAAGUUGCUGAGAUAUACGAAACUGAUCCUAGAACGGCUCAGCUGCCGCUUCAUGUACUUGCUGAUCUACUUCUGGAACAAACAUUUGAUACAGCCCUUUAUAGACGGCGGCGACACGGCCCGAUCGUUCGUGUUGCCACUAAUACAAGGUUUUGUCGGCCAGCGUGAAUUCACAGUUGCGUCUGUAAAAGACCGUGUUGAGGACCUGGAGAAUAUUCAGGCGCCUGAUGAUGUAUUGCCCUCGCCAGCUACUGUAGUUAAAGAGGAAACAAAUGAGGAGAAAUUGGCAGAAGACCCCAAAAAACAGAAUUUUCUUCUGACGCUCAUAUCUCGACGGUCAAUCCAGCGCCCUGGGUUACGAUAUCUACGACGCGGUGUGGAUGACGAGGGCAACACAGCCAACACCGUAGAGACUGAACAGAUAUUGUCAAACCCAGGAUGGGACCCGGCCCGAAAAGUCUACUCACUCGUCCAACUCCGUGGCUCUAUACCGCUUUACUUUACACAGUCGCCUUACUCGCUGAAGCCGAUGCCCGUUCUUCACCAUACCUAUGAAACAAAUCAACUCGCGUUUGCUCGUCAUUUUCGAGACCUAUCCAGGAAAUACGGCAAGAUACAGAUUGUGUCUCUUGUCGACAAGCAUGGGGUGGAACUGAAAAUAGGCGAAGCUUAUGAGUCUUACACACGAGCCUUCAACGAGAACGAAAGCUCUAAUGGUCUAAACCUAGGCUUUGAAUGGUUCGACUUUCAUCACGAGUGCCGUGGGAUGCGAUUUGAAAACGUCAGGUGCCUUGUGGAUAAGCUGGUCGACAUUACGAUGGACUUCGGAGAGACGAUAAUCCUAGGCAAUUCGUUAUUGAAAAAGCAGACAGGCAUUAUUCGCACUAAUUGCAUGGACUGUCUAGACCGUACAGGAGUCACACAGUGUGCCUUUGCCCAGAGAUCAUUGGAGCAGUCACUGAAAAGCGAGGGUUAUACGAUUGAUCUGCUAGGCGACGCAUCGACACAUUGGUUCAAUACUCUUUGGGCUGAUAAUGGUGACGCCAUCUCGAAACAGUACUCUUCAACCGCAGCUUUGAAGGGUGACUAUACACGGACGAGGAAGAGGAAUUAUCGAGGUGCGUUGAAUGACUUUGGUUUGACGCUAUCACGAUACUAUAACAAUAUCGUCAACGAUUACUUUUCGCAAGCAUGUAUCGACUACUUGCUUGGCACUGUAUCCAUCCAGGUAUUCAGCGAAUUUCAAGAUAACCUGAAAACCAUCGACCCUGGUAUUUCGAUAGCGAAACUGCGGCAAAAUGCCAUUGAGACAUGCAGUAGGCUUGUUGUGGACGAUCAAACGGAGGAACUUGUCGGAGGCUGGGCUAUGCUAAGCCCUCGACAGCCCAAUACCUUGCGAACUUUUCCUUUCGAAGAAACUGUUUUAUUGCUCACAAAUGCAGCUCUAUAUAACUGCCGAUUUGACUGGAACACAGACAAGGUCCUCUCAUUUGAGCGGAUCAACCUUAGUUCCAUCCGCCAUAUCAAUCACGGAACCUACAUUACUUCUGUCUUGACAGAUGCUCAGACCGAUGAGCAACGCAAUGUCGGCAUGGUAAUUGUCUAUCAGGACAGCGAAACCAACGCUUUUCGAGUGAAUACGCGGUCGCUCCAAAGCAGUUUCAACCAGGAUCUCCAAGACACACCAGAGAAGAAAGAGGAAUGGAAUUUGUAUUCCUGGCUCAGUGGUACGAAACGGACGUCUAUGCGGUUGAUGGCUUUCAAGGCACUUGCUUCAUCUACCUCCGUGACAGUUAGCAACAACACGAUCUCGGAAACCUCCAUCAGCGAAAGGGUCGCUAUUCGGUCAAUAUGCGAGGAAAUUGAACGAGCCAUCAAGGCAGCACAAAUAAUGAAAGAUGGAGAGGAAAGCGAUAAAGAGUCUAUCAUCGAGGAAAAGGAGAUCAUAUCGCUGGCAGAGGCUAAGAAAAGGACAGGGUAUCUGGAGCAGCUUGUUUAUGAUGUCAAGAAGCUGGUGUGGGCAUAG